GGGAACAGGAUUGGGAAGCAGGGUGAGGCGGGCCCCGCGGAGCCGGUGGAGAAGAUGGCCGGCAGCCCGGAGAAGAGUUCCACCGCGCAGGAGCUGAAGGAGCAGGGGAACCGCCUGUUCCUCUGCCGCAAGUACCAGGAGGCUGCGACCUGCUACAGCAAGGCGAUUAACCGCAACCCGUCCGUGGCAGUGUACUACACCAACCGAGCCCUGUGCCAUGUGAAGCUGCAGCAGCAUGACAAGGCUCUGUCAGACUGUAAGCAUGCUCUGGAACUGGACACCCAAUCUGUCAAGGCCCACUUCUUCCUGGGCCAGUGUCACCUGGAGCUGGAGAACUAUGACGAAGCCAUCGGAAACCUGCAGAAAGCGUACAAUCUGGCAAAAGAACAGAGGCUCAAUUUCGGUGACGACAUCCCUGGCGCUUUGCGUAUUGCGAAGAAGAAACGUUGGAACAGCAUUGAAGAGAAACGCAUCAAUCAGGAGAAUGAACUGCACGCCUACCUGAGCAAGCUCAUUCUGGCAGAAAAGGAGCGACAACUUGAAGACUACAAGGAAAAGCAAGACGAUGAUCUCAUUAGUGGCGACGUGGCCAAGAUUGCGUCCAAACACGACAAGUAUUUAAUGGACAUGGAUGAGCUGUUUUCUCAAGUGGACGAGAAAAGAAAAAAACGGGAAAUUCCAGACUAUCUGUGUGGCAAGAUCAGUUUUGAGUUGAUGAGAGAGCCAUGCAUCACACCCAGUGGGAUUACCUACGACCGCAAAGACAUCGAAGAGCACCUUCAGCGAGUGGGCCAUUUCGACCCGGUCACCCGAAGCCCACUGACCCAGGACCAGCUGAUCCCCAACCUGGCCAUGAAGGAAGUGAUCGAUGCCUUUAUCCAGGAGAACGGCUGGGUGGAGGACUACUAA